CUUUUUCUUCCAUACAGACAAGCGAACUCUCCCACUUCAGCUUGGCAGUGCGUUGAUUGCGUCAUGCUUUAAUUAUAGAGACGCUCCACCUCCCUUCAGUAACAAAGGAGAUGUGAUGGGGUGAUAAGAUGGAAAUAUAUACAUCCAUUCAACUUCAAGUGCUAGCCACGCUGAUGUCUGCUGGCUCAUCAGUUCAAUCUGCGAUUAUCCUCAUGAUAUGCUGCGUCCACACUCUCGCCGCCCUUGGACUGGGUUCAUAACUGGUUUCUUUGUGUUGAGCACAUUGCUUGCAGCCAUCAUCUUUAUAGGCAUCCCUAGUCUACAGCGCUUACGCCUACGUAUCGGCGUCUCAUUGUUCGACUCAGGGGUACUAGGCCUGUACCCCGUCCACGAAUAUGUCUCGACUGAUCUUGUGUCCUCGAAGCUGGAACAGGUAGCGUGGGACCCGCGAUGCAGCAACGAUCUGAUCUUCCUCUCGGCUCGCGGCGACGCGGUCGAGCAGCCAGGACCCAUGAUCUUCAAUGCCCAAGGGGAACUGGUGUGGAAGUUGCCACCCACCUCCGAGCGGCUGGACAAUUUUCAAGUGCAAGAGUACCGCGGAGAGACCUUCUUGACCUACUGGCAUGGGGUCGGAGAGAAUGGCCAUGGGCGCGGCUCCUGGAUCAUGAUGGAUUCGACCUAUACUCCCCGUCUCGAAGUCCGAGCCGUGGGCAUGGCGGAGGGAGAUAUGCACGAAUUCCGCAUCACUGCCAACAACACUGCCCUCGUCAUUGUCUACACCACCCAACCGGCAGAUUUGAGCGAUCUGGGCGGGCCACAGCAAGGGUAUAUACACGAGUGUCUCUUUCAGGAGAUUGACAUCGCCACCGGAGAGUUAAUCUUCGAAUGGCGCAUGUCAGAGCAUGUGCCCCUAGCCAGCUCCUACGAGGCAUUACUGGGCAAUGGGUGGAGCCCCGCGCAUCCCUACGACGUCUUCCACAUGAACAGCGUCGACAAGGACGAGGCCGGCAACUACCUGAUUUCUGCACGACACACGCACUCGAUCACCAGCGUCGACGGCCGCACAGGUGCGGUGCUCUGGACGCUUGGCGGAGCGCUGAACGAGUUUGCGGAUGCCUCAAACGGCUCCGCCACCGACUUCGCCUGGCAGCACCAUGCGCGGUGGCAGGAUAGCCAGACGAUCACCCUGCUCGACAACGGCGCCAAGUGGUUCUUCGACGAGCCCACCGCCAGCCGUGGGCUAGUUUUGGAGCUGGACGUGCCCAAUCGCAUCGCGACUGUCAAGGCGACCUACCAGACCCCCACAGAACAGGCCACCGGCGCGCUCUCGCAAGGAAGCAUGCAGUUGCUGCCGGACACAGGCAACGUCUUCAUCGGCUGGGGCCACUGCGCCGCGUUCACGGAGUUCGCGCCCGACGGGGAAGUGCUGUGCGACACCCAUUUCGGGGCGAGUAACUGGUUCCAGCUGGGCCGGGUGAUGUCCUAUCGGACUACCAGGGGCCGCUGGGUUGGCCGACCCAGAACCCGACCUGACGCGGUCGUCCGCGGGUCUUCAGUAUACGUGAGCUGGAAUGGAGCUACGGAGGUGGCAAGGUGGCAGGUCCAACGCUGGGACGGUCGCAACAUGGGCCCGCAGAUGGCCUUCACUCCCGAGCAGACUGUCCCUCGCGACGGGUUCGAGACCGAGAUCCCUCUCUCUGGCGAGGCAGGGACGGCGGUCUAUUUCCGAGUGGCCGCCCUAGACACGCAGGGUCAGGUCCUCGGAGUCUCCCAGGUGAUGGGGCAGCAACUCCAAGGCUGGGGCGAGCGGUGGCAGCGCCGGGGAUAUAAGCCUCUGUCGCUGGAGAUGUCAGAUCGAUAUAGCACGGACGAUUCCCAAGCAGUCUUAGGAUGA